UGGUUUCUAGAAGUGGUGCUUUGGGAACUGAUGUUGGAAACAAUUCCUUCUACUCUCAACGUGAUAGUUAGUAGGGCUAUAAGCAACCAAUGUGAUAAUUCCAUUGUUUAUUUCAGCGUUUUCAUUUGAGAUGGGUCAACACCCUAUUUGAGUUUAUCUGAGAAGUAUUGACCAUCCGAUACCUGUCACAAUGAGAGAGACCCCAGCAGGCAGGAUGAAGGGCACCCGAAAACAUGUGGGUCAGGGCAGCAGAGACAUGGACCCCAGUGGGAUAACCUCAGACUUAAAGGAAGUCCUGGAUUCUCUGGGUAUUGGUCAGCUCAAGGACUUGGCCACCAUGGUUGCAGAGGAGCCACUGUCGGACGCUCAAGUUGAAGCGUUCCAGGCUGUCUUUGAGCUGUUUGUCACCAACAGUCAUGGCUGCAUUGACGCAGUGGGUCUCUCCUCCCUAUUGGACACAGUGAACAUGAGACUCAGCCCCGAGCAGACUGAGGCUGCCCUACAUAGGGCCGACUAUGACGGAGAUGGUGAGGUAGGUUUUCAAGACUUUCUGUGUGUGAUGACAGACAGUCAGAAGUUCGCCAGCUGUAUAAAAGCGGAGUCCCCUGACCCAUCUCAGAGUGUGGAUCAGUCAGACUCUGUGUUCUACAAAGCCUUGAAUCAGAUGCUGAAUGCGGGCCUCAUUCCCAGCAGUGCCACUGGGGAGAUAGUUCGGUAUUACCAUAAGAAGUCGCUGCGUCAUGUGUUGAAGGUGGCGCCGCAGCAAGACAAGAGCAGGGGUCACGUGAUCACCUACUAUGCCAAGGGGGCCCACCUGGUGGGCCUGCAGCCCAAGCAGCUGAUGAAGUACAUCAAACCCGACGCUCCCAGUACCAGCCCGUACUCCAAGCGGCCCAGCCUGAACGUCAACUCAAAGGUCACGGUGGGCAAGCGGGUGGCGACCCAGGGAAGUGCCCCCUCUGCCAAGACCUGGAAGACCGUGGAGAUCGAAGGGCGCAUCAGACAGUUAUCAAUCAAGCACCCAGGAAAGGAGACUAAGGACAUGAUCACUCCGGUCAAGAUCAAGGUGGACCUGCAAGUGAAGGACAGAGAGCGUCUGACCUAUGACAACAUCAACCAGAUACGCCACAAGUCCAAAGAGGGCUUGAACACCUACCUGGAGACGCUGAGCCAGUACAAGCAGCGGGACACCUGGGACUCCUGGGGCUCGCUGCAGAGCUACCACAGCCCGCUGGACCACAAUGCCUUCUCUGACACCUUCUCCACCUACACCUGGAGCUGGAGCGGCUGCCGCAACAUGUUGCAGCCCCGCGACCUGCUGGAAGAGAGGAACAACUUGCCUCUGCUCCCCCCACCAUUAUCAAUCAAGCACCCAGGAAAGGAGACUAAGGACAUGAUCACUCCGGUCAAGAUCAAGGUGGACCUGCAAGUGAAGGACAGAGAGCGUCUAACCUAUGACAACAUCAACCAGAUACGCCACAAGUCCAAAGAGGGCUUGAACACCUACCUGGAGACGCUGAGCCAGUACAAGCAGCGGGACACCUGGGACUCCUGGGGCUCGCUGCAGAGCUACCACAGCCCGCUGGACCACAAUGCCUUCUCUGACACCUUCUCCACCUACACCUGGAGCUGGAGCGGCUGCCGCAACAUGUUGCAGCCCCGCGACCUGCUGGAAGAGAGGAACAACUUGCCUCUGCUCCCCCACCAGUAUUAG